AUGCCGACCGACCAGCAUCCAUCACUUGCGAGACGUGCAGGAAGCAGUAAAUCGACAAGCUCAGAUGACGUGGAUCCUUGUUCGAUGAGUGCGAGUACGAGUACUUCGGGCUUAGCCACGUAUGACUUUCGCUUCGACAACCUUGUUCUGGGCGACGAGCAAACGAAGGCGCUGUACGAAGCCAAUGUGUACCCGGUCGUCCGCUCGGCCAUGGAUGGAUACAAUGGCACAGUGUUCGCGUACGGCCAAACGGGAAGCGGAAAGACAUACACAAUGUCCGGCACAGACAGGGAACCAGGUGUGAUUCCCCGCACAGUCAACGACGUGUUUGAGAUUAUUCGCGAGAAUCCAUCGUGUGAGUACUUAUUGCGUGUCUCGUAUCUGGAAAUCUAUAAUGAAACACUGCGCGACUUGCUUGUGGAUCCGAACGCCAAGCGUGCUGUGCGUCCACCACGGAUCUUUGAAGAGAAGGGGCGUGUCAUGUUGAGUGGCAUGGAGGAACAGAUCGUCACGACGCCGCAGGAAGUCAUGGCGUUGCUUCAAAAGGGCCAGCGUGCGCGGCAUAUAGGUGCGACGGACUGGAAUACACGCAGCAGUCGAAGCCAUUGCGUCUUCCAAAUUACCAUCGAGAGCCGCGAGCAGGCAAGCAAAUCCGAAGUGCGUGUCAGUCAACUCAACCUCAUCGACCUGGCUGGUUCUGAGCGAGCAGCAUCUGAAGCUGUGCGCCGCAAGGAAGGCGCUUUUAUCAACAAGUCGCUCCUCACUCUCGGGACGGUCAUUGCGAAACUGACAGAGACGUCCACAUCCUCAGACGUACAUGUGCCGUACCGGGACUCGAAGCUGACACGCCUUUUGCAGACUUCGCUUAGUGGUGACGCACGUGUUACUGUGAUCUGCACGGUCACACUCGACAAGGAACAUGCGAUUGAAACGCUCUCGACACUCAAGUUCGGACGACGAUGCAAACUUGUCGUAACCAAAGCACAGCGCCAGACUGUCCUGGACGACAAGGCUCUGAUCGAGCAGUACACGCGUGAGAUUCAGGAGCUGCGUGCUCGCCUCGAGUCCAGUGGUGUGGGUUCCCUUUCCCCCACACCGUCUUCAAGCCAUGGUGCCGAUCGUGGAGAGUCAGAUCCCGAUGACCAUCUCAGUGCCGAACGUGAGGCUGCCGCUCAAGAAGUGGCAGCGAUGGAAGAAACGCGCCAGGACUUGCGGCAGCAAAUUGAUCAUCUGACACGACUGAUUCUCACGAGUCGUUCGGUGGCUGCACAAACGCCUGCUCGUUCCCCCUUGCAUUCUGUAUCGCAGGAAGGCUCGUAUGCAUCGCCCGCUCGUCGUGGACCGCGUAUGAGCGACCUGCCCCCACGGAAUGGUGACCUCGAUCUGCAUGCGUUGCGUCGCGAAAUACAUGAAUUGCGCGUCCAGCAACAAGCUGAGCGCGAAGUGCAUAAACGCACCGUUCGUGCGCUGGAAGAAGAGGUGCGCGAGUGGGAAGAAGCAGCUUCUUUUGCGCAGAAGCAGAAUCAAGGCGCCAAGCGUGAACUUGUUCGUCUACGCGAAGAGCAUGCCACAGAUGAAGCGCACCGCGAGUUCCGCGAGCUAGUCUCUGUACACCGAGCGUCAGAACUGGACGAUGGCAAAGAUGCUGUACAUCUUCAAGCGCGUGUCGCCGCGCUGGAGCGCGCUUUAAAAGAAGAAAAAGCCAUGCGCGAUCUUAUUUCAUUGCCCGAGCGGCCGCUUGCUCUGCCGAUGGAGGCUCGCUCAGGUAUGACGCCGCCGCGUGUUCCUUUGCGCUCACGAUCUCAAGGAGGAAGCCCAGUACUGACGCCCGUGGACGAAGUGCACUCAUUACGGCGCGAACUCGCAGAGCAAAAGGCGCUUGUGUCUACGCUGAACGCAUGCGUGCAUGGAUGGGAGGCUCGUGUGAGGCAGCAGGCUACCAUGAUAGCCAAGCUGGCAUCGCUCGUUGUGGACGAUAGUGAUGAAAAUGACGAUGACCAGAAGCAAAUGAACGAAUCCAGCACCACAGAGGCUGAGCGGAGCCCAGCACUUCCCGAUACCCAAGCUAGGAAACCUCGGCUCAGUGGCCUCCGACCUAGUGAUGUGGCUCAGGGCAAAGCGAAAGUCGGACAGGCUGAAAACUCACUUCGCCUUGAGCGUCCUGCGACGACCAAGGCUCUGCCUGGCAGACUGAGCACGUCGACUUUGGGUCUGCACGGUGUGCCAACCUUGGAUGACAAGGCGCCGUCGAAGACCACGGGAACGAGGCAGCUGAAAAACCCGUUGCAGCCACAAGAAGCAUCUACACCACACUCACACCCACGACCACCAACCCCAUCUCAUACCUCUUCAUCGCGCGAGCCAGAAAAGCCCAAGUUUUCCACGUCAGUUGCGACACAGUCAGCUCAACGAGACAACACACCGGCCUCAUCGCCACCACCCACAACUAUGACCAUUCACUCACCACGCACGCAGCGAUCAAGAUCAACACACAUCUCACGCACGCCACCACCAUCUCAGUCAACCACAGUAACAGCGCCCACAGCCACAUUCCUACCCAAGUCACCUAGUCAUUCUUUCACCCCAGAGCGCCGACGUGUCAAGGAUUUCGUCAGCAUGAUCAAGCGGCCAGAUGCCACGCCCAUGCAACCCGAGGUGCAUAUCGCGAAUCCUGUGCGCCCAGAGCCGCGCCUAGCUACGUCAGCAUCAUCGCGACCGACAUCUACAGCAACUCAAGGACGUGCGCUGCCGAGCCCUCCGAAGGGCUCGCAGCCGCUGCCGACCCCGCCCAGCGGCGCACCCACUCGCUCUCUGCCCACACCACCAAACACAAGUGUUAAAGCACUGCGUGCGAGCUGGCUCGCACCCGCUGCAGAUACAUCCGCACCGCCGUCGUCAUCGGUGAAGCCACCGCCUUCAUCCACCACAGCAACAUCCCGUCCAAAAGGAAUAGCAAGUGAACGAAAGCGACCACCUCCCUCGCCAGCCGAGACGAGAUCGAAUCUUCCGCCAUCCAUGACAUCCGCAACAACGACUAUGUCAGCCGAGUCUCGUGGUGAGCCGCCGUCGAAGCGGUCGUCGAGCGGUGCGGCCGAGUCGCAAGCCAAGCUACGUGCUCGCCUGUCAGCCUACACCGCCGUGGCAUCUGAACAAAUGGCCCCAACGCCCCAGAGCGGCGUCGUGCGUGGCUUGGCACUUAAGCCUGUGCAAUCGAUGAUGCAAAUUCCGCGGGGACGCAAAUCGCAUGACACGGCCAUCCUUCGUGAGCUGAAUGAGCUCAAGUCCAUGCCGCGUGUCGAGAGCAGUCGUGUUAUGUACAUGCCACAGACCUUGCCUUCGAAUGCAACAAUGGAGCGCCUACCUGCGACGGGCUACAAGACGGAUGCUAGUGCCUAUUACAUUUAG